UUGCGGCCUCUCUCCUUUCCGAAGGCGAGGAAAAUCGCGAGAGAAAAAAAAAAAAAAAAAAAAAAAAAAAAACAAAAAAAAAAAAAAAAAAAAAACAAAAACAAAUCUGCCACUGUAAAAUAAAUCAAAACAAACAUUCGAACUCAGUUCCCUCCGAUCUAACUGAACUCAGUGAAGGGAGGGAAAAAAAAAAAAAUCCAACAAAACCCUAAUCUCUGAGAGUCAACCAUGGACAUGCGAUUCCCGUUCUCUCCGGCCGAGGUGGCCAAGGUCCGCACCGUCCAGUUCGGAAUCCUCAGCCCCGACGAGAUCAGGCAAAUGUCGGUGGUCCAAGUGGAGCACGGCGAGACCAUGGAGAGGGGAAAACCUAAGGUCGCCGGUCUCAGCGAUCCGAGGCUCGGCACGAUCGAUCGCAAGAUGAAGUGCGAGACUUGCACAGCGAACAUGGCCGAGUGUCCUGGUCACUUUGGCCACCUCGAGCUCGCAAAGCCCAUGUUUCAUAUUGGAUUCAUGAAGACUGUGCUCGCUAUCAUGCGCUGCGUUUGCUUCAAUUGCUCCAAGAUUCUCGCCGACGAGGACGAUGUCCGGUUUAAGCAGGCACUGAAAAUUAGAAACCCGAAGAACAGGCUGAAGAGGAUUUAUGAUGCCUGUAAAAGCAAGAAAAAAUGUGCAGGCGGGGAUGAUAUCGAUGUUCAAGGUCAACAGGAUUCAGAUGAACCAGUAAAGAAGAGCCGAGGCGGUUGUGGUGCUCAGCAGCCAAAUAUUACUAUUGAUGGUAUGAAAAUGGUCGCGGAGUACAAAGCUACGAAGAAGAAAUCUGAUGACCCAGAACAGCUUCCUGAACCUGUUGAGAGAAAACAACAGCUUUCUGCAGAGAGGGUUCUCAGUGUUCUUAAGAGGAUAAGCGAUGAAGAUUGCCUCCUACUAGGUUUGAACCCGAAAUAUGCUCGUCCAGAUUGGAUGAUAUUACAAGUUCUUCCUAUUCCACCACCACCUGUAAGACCAUCUGUUAUGAUGGACACCUCUGCUAGAAGUGAGGAUGAUUUGACUCAUCAGCUAGCAAUGAUAAUCAGACACAAUGAAAACUUGAGACGUCAAGAGAGGAACGGAGCUCCUGCUCACAUCAUUACAGAGUUUGCCCAGUUAUUGCAAUUUCAUAUUGCAACUUAUUUUGAUAAUGAGCUUCCUGGACAGCCAAGGGCUACACAGCGGUCUGGACGACCUAUCAAGUCUAUAUGCAGUAGACUUAAAGCAAAAGAAGGUCGGAUUAGAGGGAACUUGAUGGGAAAGCGUGUUGAUUUUUCAGCACGAACAGUUAUCACCCCUGAUCCAACAAUUAAUAUUGAUGAACUGGGUGUGCCUUGGAGCAUUGCCUUAAAUCUGACGUACCCAGAAACUGUGACUCCGUAUAACAUUGAACGAUUGAAGGAACUUGUAGAAUAUGGCCCUCAUCCUCCCCCAGGUAAGACUGGUGCAAAGUACAUAAUCAGGGAAGACGGUCAGAGGCUUGAUCUUCGUUACCUCAAAAAAAGCAGUGAUCAUCAUCUCGAGCUUGGGUACAAGGUAGAGAGGCAUUUAAACGACGGGGACUUUGUUCUUUUCAACAGACAACCAAGUCUUCAUAAAAUGUCCAUUAUGGGACACAGGAUAAAAAUCAUGCCAUAUUCAACUUUUCGCUUAAAUUUAUCAGUUACUUCCCCAUACAAUGCUGAUUUUGAUGGUGAUGAGAUGAACAUGCACGUUCCUCAGUCCUUUGAAACUAGAGCUGAAGUUUUGGAGCUGAUGAUGGUUCCCAAAUGCAUUGUAUCACCUCAGUCAAAUCGGCCUGUUAUGGGCAUUGUCCAGGAUACACUCUUAGGAUGUCGGAAGAUCACCAAGAGAGACACCUUUAUUGAGAAGGAUGUAUUUAUGAAUAUUUUGAUGUGGUGGGAAGACUUUGAUGGGAAGGUGCCUGCCCCAGCCAUUUUGAAGCCUAGACCUCUGUGGACAGGGAAGCAAGUGUUUAAUCUUAUCAUACCGAAGCAGAUAAACCUUUCCAGAGCUUCAGCAUGGCACUCUGAAUCUGAAACAGGAUUUAUCACACCCGGAGAUACGCAAGUCAGAAUAGAGAAAGGAGAGCUGCUUACAGGAACUCUGUGCAAGAAAACCCUUGGAACCUCUACUGGAAGUCUUAUUCAUGUUAUUUGGGAAGAGGUUGGUCCUGAUGCUGCUCGCAAGUUUCUAGGGCAUACCCAGUGGCUUGUGAAUUAUUGGCUUUUACAAAAUGCCUUUAGCAUUGGUAUUGGGGACACAAUUGCAGAUGCAGCUACUAUGGAAAAAAUUAAUGAAACAAUCUCAAAGGCCAAAAAUGACGUGAAGGAUCUUAUUAAGCUGGCCCAAGACAAGCAAUUAGAGCCUGAGCCUGGCAGAACUAUGAUGGAGUCAUUUGAGAAUAAAGUGAACCAGGUCUUGAAUAAAGCUCGUGAUGAUGCUGGGAGUAGUGCACAGAAGAGUUUAUCUGAAAGUAACAACUUAAAGGCAAUGGUCACUGCUGGAUCAAAGGGAAGUUUCAUCAACAUAUCACAGAUGACUGCUUGUGUGGGACAACAGAAUGUUGAGGGCAAACGUAUCCCUUAUGGUUUCAUCGGUCGAACAUUACCCCACUUCACAAAAGAUGAUUAUGGACCUGAAAGUCGUGGCUUUGUCGAGAACUCCUAUCUCCGUGGUUUGACUCCACAGGAGUUCUUCUUUCAUGCAAUGGGAGGUAGAGAAGGUUUAAUUGAUACUGCUGUCAAAACCUCUGAAACUGGAUAUAUUCAGAGACGUCUUGUGAAGGCUAUGGAGGAUAUCAUGGUCAAAUAUGAUGGCACCGUUCGGAAUUCACUGGGAGAUGUCAUUCAGUUCCUUUAUGGAGAAGAUGGGAUGGAUGCUGUUUGGAUUGAGUCACAAAAGUUGGAUUCUCUGAAGAUGAAAAAGAAAGAGUUCAAUAAUGUUUAUAGGUACGAAAUUGAUGAUAAUCAAUGGGACCCAAGUUACAUGCUACCAGAGCAUGUUGAGGAUUUGAAAACAAUUCCUGAAUUCAGGAAUGUGUUUGAUGCCGAGGUCCAGAAAUUAGAAGCUGACCGAUUUCAGCUUGGGACUGACAUUGCCACCACUGGUGAUAACACAUGGCCUAUGCCUGUGAACCUCAAGAGACUCAUCUGGAAUGCACAGAAGACAUUCAAAGUCGAUCCAAGAAGACCAUCUGAUAUGCACCCUAUGGAGAUAGUAGAAGCUGUUGAUAAGCUUCAGGAAAAGCUGAGAGUUGUCCCAGGUGAUGAUUUUCUGAGUAUGGAGGCUCAGAAAAAUGCCACUUUGUUGUUCAACAUAUUACUCCGGAGUACAUUUGCUAGUAAGAGAGUACUGAAGGAAUACCGACUUACCCGUGAAGCAUUUGAAUGGGUUAUUGGUGAAAUAGAAUCUCGCUUUUUGCAGUCUCUGGUAGCACCGGGUGAAAUGAUUGGCUGUGUAGCUGCUCAGUCUAUUGGGGAACCAGCAACUCAAAUGACCCUAAACACAUUCCAUUAUGCUGGUGUGAGUGCCAAGAAUGUUACUCUAGGUGUUCCCAGGUUGAGGGAAAUUAUAAAUGUUGCUAAGAAAAUCAAAACCCCUUCACUCUCUGUCUUCUUGAAGCCUGAAAUCAGCAAGAAGAAAGAAUUGGCUAAGAACGUGCAGUGUGCCUUGGAAUAUACUACUUUGCGUAGUGUAACACAUGCAACUGAAGUAUGGUAUGAUCCUAAUCCUAUGAGCACUAUAAUUGAGGAGGAUGUUGACUUUGUUAACUCAUACUAUGAAAUGCCUGAUGAAGAAGUUGCUCCGGAAAAGAUAUCUCCAUGGCUGCUCCGUAUUGAACUAAAUAGAGAGAUGAUGGUAGACAAAAAGCUGAGCAUGGCAGACAUCGCAGAGAAGAUUAACCAUGAGUUUGAUGAUGAUCUUACAUGCAUCUUUAACGAUGACAAUGCUGAGAAACUCAUCCUUCGUAUCCGUAUCAUGAAUGAUGAUGCCCCUAAGGGAGAACUGCAAGAUGAAUCUGCUGAGGAUGAUGUCUUCCUCAAGAAGAUAGAAAGCAACAUGCUUACAGAAAUGGCUCUUCGGGGAAUCCCUGAUAUAAACAAGGUCUUUAUCAAGUCUGGGAAAGUAAAUAGAUUUGAUGAAAAUGAAGGGUUUAAACCUGAUGUAGAGUGGACACUUGAUACUGAAGGUGUCAAUUUGCUGGCAGUCAUGUGCCAUGAAGAUGUGGAUCCAACCAGGACAACUAGCAACCACCUGAUUGAAGUUAUCGAAGUUCUUGGAAUUGAAGCUGUCCGUAAAUCACUCCUUGAUGAGUUGCGGGUGGUCAUAUCUUUUGAUGGGUCUUACGUGAACUAUCGUCACUUGGCUAUUUUGUGUGACACUAUGACUUAUCGAGGUCACUUAAUGGCCAUCACCAGGCACGGUAUUAAUCGCAAUGACACUGGCCCAAUGAUGAGAUGUUCAUUUGAGGAAACUGUGGAUAUUCUCCUGGAUGCAGCUGUUUAUGCUGAGGCGGAUCAUCUCAGAGGUGUUACAGAGAAUAUCAUGUUAGGUCAACUUGCACCAAUUGGAACAGGGGGCUGUGCUUUGUAUUUGAAUGAUCAAAUGCUGCAACAAGCUAUUGAGCUACAGCUACCCAGUUACAUGGAGGGUUUGGAUUUUGGGAUGACACCUGCCCGUUCACCUAUCUCAGGGACACCAUAUCAUGAAGGAAUUAUGUCACCAAGCUAUUUGUUGAGUCCAAAUAUCCGGUCUUCACCGUUCACAGAUGCUCAGUUUUCUCCAUAUGUUAAUAACAUGCCUUUCUCUCCCGGUGUUUCACCGGGUUAUAGCCCAUCGUCUCCUGGAUAUAGUCCAUCAUCGCCGGGAUAUAGCCCAACUUCACCUGGUUAUAGCCCCACAUCUCCAGGAUACAGUCCAACAUCUCCUGGUUAUAGCCCCACGUCUCCAACUUAUAGUCCUAGCUCUCCAGGGUAUAGUCCAACUAGCCCUGCUUAUUCUCCUACAAGUCCUUCAUACUCACCCACCUCGCCCAGCUACAGCCCUACCUCUCCAAGCUACAGUCCUACAUCUCCCAGUUACAGCCCUACCUCUCCCAGUUAUAGUCCUACUUCACCAAGUUACAGUCCGACUUCACCUAGUUACAGUCCAACAUCCCCAGUUUAUAGUCCCACUUCUCCUGUUUAUAGCCCGACGUCUCCUGCUUACAGUCCAACAUCACCAUCCUAUAGUCCUACCUCUCCUUCUUAUAGCCCAACAUCACCGUCAUACAGUCCAACUUCUCCUUCAUAUAGUCCUACAUCGCCUGCUUAUAGCCCCACUUCUCCUGGUUAUAGUCCAACUUCUCCAAGUUAUAGUCCCACUUCUCCAAGUUACAGCCCUACAUCUCCGAGCUACAAUCCAGCUUCUGCCAAGUAUAGCCCUUCUCUUGCGUAUUCCCCAAGCAGUCCGAAUAUUUCACCAUCCAGCCCAUACAGCUCAAGUUCUCCGAAUUAUAGCCCAACUUCACCAACCUUUUCUCCAACCUCUCCCUCCCAUUCGCCUCCGAGUCCCACAUAUAGUCCUACAAGUCCAUAUAACUCUUCUGGUGUGAGCCCAGUUUACAGCCCGAGCUCUCCACAGUACAGCCCAAGUGCGAGUUACUCACCAACUGCACCAGGAUAUUCUCCAUCCUCGACCAGUCAAUACACACCACAAAUGAGCAACAAAGAUGAUGGAAGCACUCGAUGAGGGUACCAAACAUCCAAAUGUUUUGUCAAGAAAGUGAUGUAAUAACCAACAGAAUGCUGCUCAAAGCUUUGCAAAGCUUCGUUUUCAAGGUGUCAUGGAGGAGACUGCCAGCAAACAACCAAAUGCCACUGGGAAUUGUAAACGUGCCAGUCCUGCCAAAAUAGUGGCUCCAAUGUUCUAUUGUGAAAUGUUAUGCUUGUAACGUAGGCAAACUCUGAUAUCUAGCGGCAGUGUUUCUUUCUUCUUUGGUUAUUGUCUGUACGUUUUUGUAGGAGAAAUAAUCAUUUACCAUUGUCGCCAGUUUGUAGGGAACCAUGAACUUGGUAAUAAUUCCAUCUAAGACAUACAAGGCAAAAUGCUUGAAAUCAAUUUA